AUGCCUUCACGUGCAAAAAAAAUUCUUUCACCAAUACCUGUCAUUCCAAAUGGUAAACAAAAUGUUGCUGAUGUUAUUAAACAAAGUCAAUCGAUAUUUUCUUCAUCAAAUCAAGAUGAUAUUCGAUCAUUAUGUGAACAAUUAAUUAAUCUUUUAAUUAUUUCAUCAUCAACUGAUCCACCAAAUACAUCAUUAAGAAAAUGUGUUGUUAAAGGUUUUUCUAAUUUACCAGAAAAUCAAUAUGAUAAUGUUCUUGAUCAAUGUACGAAACAUUUACAAGAAUUUUUCAAUCAACAAGGAAAAGAACGUCGAACUGAUUAUGUUUCUAUGUUAAAUUAUCUUAUUGAAAAUUUUCCAUUUGGUUUAGCUUGUGUAUUAAAAAUGAAAGAUACAAUUUCUGCUCAAUUGAUUACCGUCGGUGAAGAAAUUUGGUCAGAUGUUCGAUCAACAAAUGUUCCUCAUCAUCGAUUUACUCUAUUUCAACAACUUCAAUAUUAUUUAAAAGUUGUUGUUUUUCUUCUACCGAAAUUUCAUGAUGAACUUGAACGUGAUAAUAUCAUAUCUCAAUUAGUUCAUCAAAUGCUAAACGAUGAAAAUACGGUAACAUUAGAGAUUCGUUUAACAUGUUCAUUAGUUUGGCAUUUAUUAAAAGAGAAUGAACAAUUAUUACCAAAUGCAAAACUUGAUCGAAUGAAACAAGUAACUUCUGUUGAAUUAUCACGAUUAGCUUUAUAUUUUGGUUUGGUUAAAACAACUAUGACAAAUGAUUUAUGUGAUACACAUUUUUUUACGCAACUACUUGAUGAAAUUCUUGCGUUUAAAACACGUGAUGCAACAAUAACGGUUGGAAUAUCAAAAGCAUUAGAAACAUAUUCGGAAGCAUUAACUUGCUCAUGGAGAAAUCUUGAUACAAGUUCAUUAGAAAAUAUUGUUAAACAAUUAUUAACUUUUUCUUGGGAUCAUUUUAGUUAUAAUGUUGAAACAGUUCGACAUUGUUCAGCAAAUAUUUAUUCAAAUAUGUUUAAAAUAACUAUGAAUCAUAGUGAUCUUCGUCAAAUCAUAAUUGAUUCUCAAUUAACAUUAUUAAAACAACUUCCAUGGCAAAAAGAUGGAUGUUCAUUAGCUUAUCAUACACUUUUAGAAUAUAUAUCAGUUAGUGAUAUACUUCAAUGGAAUCCGAAAUUACCCGAAUCAUGUCUUAUGGCUAUGAAUGAUCGAGGAUUAGCAUCAGAAGCAAGUUAUCUUUAUUAUGUUUUAUGUCAUAAACAUUAUGAAGAAGAAAAAUUAAAAGAUCAAUGGAAACAAAUUUGGUUAAAACCAGUUGUUCAUGCACUUGAUACAUCAACACCAUUACAUCGAUUUCUUAUUGCUGAAUAUAUUUUACCAAAAAUUCUUAAAGGUCAUCCAGAAUAUUUACAAGAUUUAAAAGAAAUAACAGUUAAUCCUCGAACAUUAAUUGUUUGUACGCGUAUUGGUCGAACACUGGGUUUAUGUCCAAAUAUAUUUUCAACAUUUUCAUUAAUUGAACAGAAUUUAAUUCGUCAAGGAAUAACAAGUGAAGAUGAACAAAUAUGUCUUGAUUGUUUAUUUAUUCUUUGUGAAAAUCCUAAGACAACUGAAUAUAUAAUUGAUAUUGAAUUUGAUUUAAUAAAAUAUUUUCUUCAAAUGAAUGUUGAUAAUGGUUCAACAUCAUUUAGAAAUCAAGCAAUAUCAUUACUUAAAAAACAUUUUAUUCGUCUAAAAGAUAGUUGGUUAUUCUGUGCAAGACAAAAAUUAAAAAAUGUUGAUCAAGAUUUUGCUAAUCUAACAGAAAGAUAUCGAACUUAUUUGAAAUGGUUAAUAAAUUGGUGUUGUUCUCAUUUAUAUUUGGAAGGAUCUUAUUGUCAACGUCAUUUGUCAAUAUUAACACUUCAUUGGUUAAUUCAUUUACAUGGAAAUGAAGGAAUUCAAACAGUUUGUCAAAAAUCUAAACUCUAUGAUUUUUAUGAAUUACUUGAUAAAAAUUCGAUGGAAUAUUUAUUAAAUUGUUUAUGGGAUACAUAUGAAGAUGUUCGUCAAUAUUCUCUUGAAAUAAUAAUUAAAUUGAAUGUAAGUUUUGAUUUCUUUCAUAAAUAA